AUGGCGACCACCACGCGUAAUCUCUCUUCUUCACCCCAGCUCGCCUCUCGACUAGUUGAUCUGUCCGUAGCUGAUAGCCGGAGCGUCUCUCCCCCAAUUUCUCCUGUUGUUCGUAAUUCCACUCAAAUUAGACGGAAUAUUACGACCAGGCUCAAUCAGUUGAUUCGAGAUUUCCCCUCUCUUGUUUCUAUCCUUCAAUCGAUUAGUGCACUCGAGACCCCCCGUGAUGACUUCGUCGAUCCCAAUAUUUCGGAAUAUUCAGAUUUUCCUAGAGAUUUGGAGUAUUUCCAAGAUCGCAUUGAUAUAAUUGAUCAGCAAUUGAUCAAGUGGGACGAAAUUAUUGAAGAAUUGUCAUUGGUUGAUAUUGAGGCUUCUGUACUCGAGGAGGGCGUCAAAAACAAAUAUUUCGAGGAUCAUCAAUUGGACACUCACUUGGGAAAGUUUCGUCAUCUUUGUCGAUCUGGUUUAUUGCAUUCUAGGAGACUCCAGUUAGUAAUUCCUGGGCAGAGAAGUAGUAGUCUCACCACUUGUAUUUCCCCGACUUCUCGUCGUCAGUCCCCGGUCAUGCAGCGUGCGUUCACUCCAGACCAGCACUUUUUUCACGACGAGCUCCCUGAACCACAAUUUCCUCGUCAGAGUGCAUUCCGACCAACUCGUGAUCCCCAGGUACAGAAUGGGCCAUCGUUCCAUCCAUCUCAGGCUCCCGCUAGAAAUCCGUUUUUGAAUCGUCCAUUUCCUGUUCGUCCAUCCCCUCCAGAGAAUUCGUGUAGUGUUCCGUAUCAGAAACUUCCGAAAUUCGAUGAAAUUCCCUUGUUUAGUGGUGAUCUCACUGCCUUCAAGCCAUUUUGGGAUUAUUUUGAGCCAAGAAUUCAUCUUGUUCCUGCCCCCGCCUAUGAGAAAAUGAUUAGGCUUCAGCAUGCUUUGAAAGGAGGUUCUGCUGCGUAUAUUGUGGAGAAUCGUGCUCGCACUCUUGAAGAUUAUGAGUCAGUUAUUACCAUUUUGACCACUAGAUAUCUCGAUCAAUCGAAAAUUGAAGAUUUCCUCGAAUUCGAAUUGUUGGCCAUUUCUCCUCCAAUUCAUGAUGAUUCUCGGUCGUUGCUCGAAUUUGCUGAUAAGAUUGACACGUUCAAGUCCCGAUUCAGGCAUAAUCGUAGUGAAAUUCCUAGAAACGUAGUCAAGAAGUUGUUCUAUAAGCUAGACACUGAGACUAGACGUCAUGCUACUUUGAGAAGUUCAGUCAAAGGAUAUGACUUGAACAAUGUAGAUGAGUUUCUCAAGUUUUUAUAUGAGUUGGCUGCUGAAACAGAGAAAUGGUUUUUCGCGCCAGGAAAGGAGAACGUGAAACCUCACACUCGUUCCAAUCCCGUUGUCACUCCAAAGAAUCACUUUCGUAUUCAUGGUAGCGUAGAUACUCCUUCUGGUUGUCCUUUUUGUUCCGAAAAUCACAAGGCCAGUGAUUGUUCCAAGGUGAAAUCGUAUGAUGCUCGAAUGCAGUCAUUGAAAUUCCAAAGAAAAUGUUAUCGGUGUUUAAAUCCAAAUCAUUUGUCCUCAGCUUGUGAGAAAGAGUUUUCUUGUGAAAAGUGUGGAAAGAAUCACCAUACUUUUAUGUGCCCUCCUCGAAGAGAUCCUCCCGUCAUCAGUCCUAGUAAUUCAGUCCCAGUCGGCGACUCAGAGUCGAAUGCUUUGUGCUUUACUAUUAUGAGUAAAAGCGAGCCUCCCCCAGUGUUUUCAAGCCAAGUCGGCACCAAAUUUUGUAUGCUAUCGGUUAAUUGUCAGUGUUCUGAGUCCGUCCCUCCGAAUCCAGUGAAUUUGUUUGUGGAUUGCGGUUCGGACAUCAAUUUUAUGAAGAAAUCCGCUGUGAUCUCGGAUAUCCCCCUUGUAUUUGAUCGAAGUUUAAUUGUGUCAAGUUUCCAUGGAUCUAUUAGAGUCAAGUCUUGUCGUUUGAAUGUUGUUUUUAGCCCAAAUGAGAAUCAGAGAUUCAAUUUUGUUCCCGUUGUUUCCCCUAACCCAGUUGGUUUUACUGUUCAUGUUGUAGAUGAUACGUUGUUUGAGCGUUUGAAAGGUUCUCGGUUCUCUAGAGAGGUUGAUGUUAUUUUAGGAGUUGAUGCCAUGAUGGCGCUCCAAUUUUCGGUGACCGAGUAUCGGAGUGAUGCUGGUUAUCAACUUGUCAAAACGAGUCUUGGUUAUUUUGAGGCGGGAUCCCGUUGUCCUUUUACCCAAUUGCAUCCCACCAAUAUUGUUCCUCCUCCGUUAUGUCCUAUUGUUUGUAAGGAGCCUAUCGUUGGCAUUUCUAACCCGUGUUCUCCUGUGGCCAAGGAACAGUUUAGUGCUCCGGAUCUUGCUGUGAUUCCGGAUGCUGUCCCUGUGUCUCACGCCUUGAUUAGUCGUCAAAUUGACCCUCCACAACGCAUGUUUUCCUCUCCCUGUCAAGAUUUGAAGAGAAGAAUCUUGGUCAAUGGUCACAUGAUCGAUUAUGGACCCAAGUUACCAUUCAAGUUCACUGGAGAUGACCCGCCCACGAUGAGAAAGCGCGAUGGUACCAAUGGCCAGAAGGAGACCAAAGAUGUGGCGCGCCCCCCGGAGAUCGCAUCAGGCCAGCUGAUGGAGAAGAGCAAGUGGCCCCCGGAGUGUCACGACUUCGCGUGA